UAUUGGGAUAAAGUGCUGAGCCUCCGUGGUGAAAGUGCUCCUGCGGACACAGAGCUGCAUUCAUAGCCGUCAGCUGACCAAACACUCCGCUAGCUCUGCUAACAGGAAAUAACGUUCCUGCUUUCAUUCAUUCUCAGCUGUGACUAUGAAGAAGAACAAAGGCAAAGCCCCCAGUGCUGCUGAGAAGGAGUUUGUGUUUGAGUUCAGGGCAGGUAAACACUCUUGUGUCCUCAGAGUUCCUCUUCAGGUUCCUGUUCAGGAGAACAUCAGAGACCUUCAUGGACGCCUGAUGCUGCUGCACAGAAUCCCCUGCUACAUAGAAGAUGAGCUGAAAGCUUCGCUGUCCAGCUUCAUCGAGAAGGAAACCAUCCAGGAUUAUGACAGAGAGGCAGAGCUGGCCCUGCAGAGACUCACAGCAGGAGAUGUAGAUGUGAACCAGCUCACCAACGCCUGGACCAGGUCUUAUGUGGAGACUACGUUGGAGCACGCUCGGCCUGAAGAGCCCAGCUGGGACGAGGACUUUGCUGAUGUUUACCAUGAGCUCAUCCACUCACCUGCCUCAGAUACUCUCCUCAACCUGGAGCACAACUACUUCGUUAGCAUCUCAGAGCUCAUUAGUGAGAGAGAUAUGGAGAUUAAGAAGCUACAGGAGAGGCAAGCAGCAGAAAUGGACAAAGUGAUGCAUGAGCUGGGGAAUACUCUGAGUGACCAGGAUGUGAAUGCAGUCGCCUCUCAACACUUUGAUGCUCAGCAGGUCCUGGAGAACAAGUGGGCCAGCGAGCUGAAGCAGGUGACUGGCAUCCAGAAGCAGGAGUAUCAGGAGUGGGUCAUCAAACUGCACCAGGACCUGCAGAAAUCCACCAACAGCAGCAAAAUCAAUGAGGAGAUUAAAGUUCAGCCCAGCCAGCUGUCAGAAGCUGCAGAUUCUGGGUCCAGAAUGUUUGAGGAGCAACCUCAGCUGGAGGAGAGCUUCACCAUCCACCUGGGAGCACAGCUGAAGACGAUGCACAACCUGCGGCUGGUCCGAGCAGACGUUCUGGACUUCUGUAAACACCGGAGACACGGCAGCAGUGGAGCUAAGCUACGACGGCUACAGACAGCUCUAUCUCUUUACUCCUCGUCCCUCUGUGGUCUGGUGCUGCUGGUGGACAACAGGGUCAACUCCUACAGCGGCAUCAAGAGAGACUUUUCUACGGUGGCGAAGGAGUGCACAGACUUUCACUUCCAGUGCCUGGAGGAGCAGCUGGAGGAGGUUCAGCAGGUGGUGCUGUACGCCAGAGCCCAGAGGAACAGCAAGCAGAAGGACCAGCCUGAGAUUCCAAGGAAUGGAGGUGAUGAUAAGAGUAAAAACGUUGAGAGAAAUCCUUCUAAUAUCUUACCAGGUGAGUUCUACAUCUCACGCCACUCCAACCUGUCAGAGGUCCACGUUGUCUUCCACCUGUGUGUGGACGAUAACGCCCGCUCGGGGAACAUCACGGCCAGAGACCCGGCUAUCAUGGGUCUGAGGAACAUCCUGAAGGUCUGCUGCACUCAUGACAUCACCACGGUAACCAUCCCUCUGCUGCUGGUCCACGACAUGUCGGAGGAAUGAACCAUCCCAUGGUGCUUGAAGAGAGCUGAGCUGGUCUUCAAAUGUGUCAAAGGCUUUAUGAUGGAGAUGGCCUCCUGGGAUGGUGGUAUUUCACGCACAGUUCAGUUCUGGUGCCGAAGGUGAGUGCAGAACGUCCCGUCUAGUAUCUCAGAGGAGAUGUUCUACCAGCUGAGCAACAUGCUGCCUCAGAUCUUUCGUGUGUCCUCCACCCUGACUCUCACCUCUAAGCACUGAUGGUGGACCAGCACCACCAUGCAUCUCUGAAGGGAUCAACAUGCCACAUACUUGACAUUACUGAAUUUUUUGUGAAAUAGUAAACAGUUUUUUUUUCCUUUUAAGAACGGAGGCAUUACAGCUCUGAAAGGGUUUUCCUGAGAGGUUUGUAUGCAGCAGCUCAGCCUCCUUAUUGGUCCAAAGUCUAAAUACUUCUCACUGAAAGACGACUGGAUCCAUCAUUUCUAGUCUUUAUCAGCUGCCAGGACUGAAAUAUUCCAGUUUUAAAUCUGUAGCUGUGCUCAGGUUUGAGCUAAUGGAGCUUCUAGUGUUGAGUUGGAGAAAAUAUGGAAACAGAUUGAGUUUAUUUACUGGAACCAACCUGACAAACAUUGUUCAACUGAAGACUUUAAAUGAUGUUUUUUCUCAACACAACUGCAGAUGGAUUUAAUAAAAGAACGUUUUUGUAAAAAA